CCCCUCCCCCCUUCCUUCUUUCUCCCUCUCAGAACGUUUGUGCAGCUGUGUUCUGAACUAGCAGCUCCAACCUCCCGGGAAACCUUCUAUUGAUAAAGAGUUCGUUCAGCGGAAAGGAGAAAAAAUAUAUAUCUAUAUAUUAUUCUCUUCUUCCUGCACAUAACUUGAGACAAGCAAAAGUAAAUUCCAACCAUGAGGGAAAUCGUACAUAUCCAGGCUGGCCAGUGUGGCAAUCAGAUCGGUGCAAAGUUCUGGGAGGUGAUCAGUGAUGAACAUGGCAUAGACCCCACCGGCACCUACCAUGGGGACAGCGACCUGCAGUUGGACCGCAUCUCAGUCUACUACAAUGAGGCAACUGGUGGCAAAUAUGUUCCCCGGGCCAUCUUGGUUGAUCUUGAGCCUGGAACCAUGGACUCUGUUCGCUCUGGACCUUUUGGUCAGAUAUUCCGGCCAGACAACUUUGUUUUUGGCCAGUCCGGGGCAGGAAACAAUUGGGCCAAAGGCCACUAUACGGAGGGGGCAGAGCUGGUGGAUUCAGUCUUGGAUGUGGUGCGCAAAGAGGCAGAGAGCUGUGAUUGCCUGCAAGGCUUCCAGCUGACCCACUCACUUGGUGGAGGCACAGGCUCAGGGAUGGGCACCCUGCUCAUCAGCAAGAUCCGAGAAGAGUACCCUGACCGCAUCAUGAAUACUUUUAGUGUGGUUCCAUCCCCCAAGGUCUCAGACACCGUGGUUGAGCCCUAUAAUGCCACACUCUCUGUCCACCAGUUAGUAGAAAACACAGAUGAAACCUACUGCAUUGAUAAUGAAGCACUCUAUGAUAUCUGCUUCCGAACCCUCAAGCUGACCACGCCAACCUACGGUGACCUCAACCAUCUAGUCUCUGCCACCAUGAGUGGUGUCACCACCUGCCUUCGCUUUCCUGGCCAGCUUAAUGCUGACCUCCGGAAAUUGGCCGUAAACAUGGUCCCCUUCCCUCGACUCCACUUCUUCAUGCCUGGCUUUGCUCCCCUCACCAGCCGUGGGAGCCAGCAGUACCGUGCCCUGACCGUGCCUGAGCUCACCCAGCAGGUCUUUGAUGCCAAGAACAUGAUGGCGGCUUGUGACCCUCGCCAUGGGCGAUAUCUCACUGUUGCUGCUGUUUUCCGUGGUCGGAUGUCCAUGAAGGAGGUGGAUGAACAAAUGCUCAAUGUACAAAACAAAAACAGUAGCUACUUCGUCGAGUGGAUCCCCAACAAUGUCAAGACCGCUGUCUGUGAUAUCCCACCCCGUGGCCUCAAGAUGGCUGUCACCUUCAUUGGCAAUAGCACUGCCAUCCAGGAGCUCUUCAAGCGCAUCUCAGAGCAGUUCACUGCCAUGUUCCGCCGGAAGGCCUUCCUCCACUGGUACACAGGGGAGGGGAUGGACGAGAUGGAGUUCACCGAGGCUGAGAGCAACAUGAAUGAUCUCGUUUCUGAGUACCAGCAAUACCAGGAUGCCACUGCUGAAGAGGAGGAGGAUUUCGGUGAGGAGGCAGAGGAGGAAGCCUAAGGGAGAUAUCCUGCCAUCUCAGUCUUCUCAAUUCUUCCCAACAUUCUUUCCCCAUCACCCUUUUCCUCUAAAGUUUGCAUUUUCUGCCUCCAUCCUUUUUCUCUCCUUUGUGGGUGCUGAGCUCUCUGCCCUCUGAUCUUCCUUCCUUAUAUGACCUGUCCCCUCAGUAAUAUGCCCCUUUCUUCCCCACUCCCAAAUUCUCUCCAAGAAGCAGAAUGUCUCCAACCCAGAGCCUCAAUUUAGGGGACUUUGUGCCCACUAAGUGCCCUGAACUAAAAUGGUGACCAAGAGGAAAGGUCCAGAACUCUUUGGGUUUUCUUGAUGGAGAAGGGGACCAAGAUGUUAUAUUCCUAGUGGAGAGUUCUCUUGGUGUGUUUGGGGGGAAGGGAGGGAAUGGAGUGUUUCAUUCCAUAAAAGUCUGUUGGGGGAGCCAGGCUUUCUAUUCUAACUACCAUCUCCACAUACUCCCCAACUUCUCAUAUUCCUAUCUCCAGGUGCCCCUUCUCUUUCUCUCUACUCCCCAGCUCUGGGGGAAGUGUUGACAGUAUUAUUCCCCCCCAGUUUUGGUUUCUCUCCCAAGUGUUCAUUUUUAUUUGGAGGGGUCUGUGCCUCACUCUGCCAGGUGGGCUCCCCCCUCAGCUCUUUGUCUCCCUUUAUUUUGGGACCCACCCACCCUUCCCCUGUCUGAGAUGUGAGAAUUGCUUCAACUCCCAAAAUUCUAGAGAAGUCCCUCAUUUGGGGAGUAUUUUGAUUCUCUUACACUCCCCUUCCCCAAAAUCAAUUCCCUCCCAAGAGAAGGGAGCAGGGGCAACAGGACACUUCCCUUCCCAGUACCAAAUCUUCCCUUCAUUUUCUCUCAUCCUUUCCACAUCUGCAAUUUCUAUCUUGGGCUCUUCCCCCUUCCACUUCCUAGGUUUCUGUUUUGUGUUGAACUUGCUGCUUUUUUUCAUAUUGAAAAGACGACGCCCCCCAAACCCGAAAAUAAAAAGGAAAUGAGGAAAAAAAACCCAA